AUGUCUUUUUCUCUUUACAGCCCGUUAGUUUCCACCGGAUACUCUCACUGCAAUCACCAAAACCAUAUCCCACCGCCGUCGACGACGAAGAAGACGACGUCUGCUUUGCCACCGUCACUGCGUCAACGGAGGAGAGAGUUAAGAAGCGUCUUAACUUGCUCGCUGGAUCCAAUGGAAGUCUGCGGCGUAGAUUCUGAAGGUAAAGAGUUUAACAGCGCACAAGAGAUGUGGAGAGAAGCAAUUGGAGAAGAAGGAGAUGAAACCAAGAAGACACAAUGGUACAGAGACGGUGUUUCUUACUGGGAAGGUGUUGAAGCUUCUGUUGAUGGAGUGUUAGGAGGAUAUGGGCAUGUGAAUGAUGCUGAUAUUACAGGAAGUGAGGUUUUUCUCAAGACUCUUAUGCAAGAAAGAUUAGUCAAUGGAGGAACAAAUCAGCAUCUUGUGGCUCUUGAUUGUGGUUCUGGUAUUGGGAGGAUCACCAAGAAUCUUCUGAUACGCUACUUCAACGAGGUUGAUCUUCUUGAGCCUGUAGCGCAGUUCCUUGAUGCCGCACGUGAGAAUUUGGCAUCUGUAGGUUCAGAAACACACAAAGCAACUAACUUUUUCUGUGUACCUCUUCAGGAGUUUACUCCAGCUGCUCAAAGGUAUGAUGUCAUAUGGGUUCAAUGGUGCAUUGGACAUCUCACUGAUGAUGAUUUUGUUUCUUUCUUCAACCGAGCAAAGGGAUGCCUUAAACCCGGUGGGUUUUUUGUUGUGAAAGAGAAUCUCGCUAAGAAAGCAGGAUUUGUAUUGGAUAAAGAGGAUCGUAGCAUCACACGAUCCAAUCCGUACUUUAAAGAACUCUUUCGUAGAUGUGGGUUACAUCUCUAUCAAGCAAAGGAUCAGAAGGGUCUUCCAGAAGAGUUAUUUGCUGUAAAAAUGUAUGCAUUAACGGUUGAUACACCACCCAAAGUCCACAGAACCAGAUCGAAAACUCGCAGCAACAGACCACAGAUUAUCAAAUGA